AGUAAUUUGACGGCGUGAAGAUCCGAGGCAAGGUGUGGGAUAUGAGCCAUUUUUUGGGCGCAUUUUCACCACAACAAGACCCUUUGUGUAUGGAUCCGUAUAAUUACUACAUUUAGAACUACUUUACGCCGCCCCGAUCACCAUGCCUCCCAGUGUGCCUCCUCCCUCUCAGAAGCACCCUGCUAUUCCAGGGACCACGACGGGGAGCGGCAGCACCCCAUCGUCCUCUAGCUCUGCUCUACCACACGUGGCUCUUAGUGCCAGUGCGUCAACCGCAGCGGGAGCAACCCCUAGCAAUGCGAAUUCCACCCCUUCUAGUCCGAAGCAAACGAAGAACCCUUUUUCCUCCACAACGGCUUCGACAGGCGCUGUCCCUCCCAGCAGCACCCACACGUCGCCGACCGCACGCGGGGGUCCUCGUGAAGCGAAGAGCAACACCGCAACUACAUCUACCAGCAGCACGGCGGCGGUAAUAAAGAACCCACCGGAUGCUGGUGCGCAGCCAAGCGGUUCUUCGGGAUCCACCACUACCAAUACCCAGUCGUCGCAAAAAUUGAACCAGGAAAUCCAGAACUCCACGACGGAACAGGAGCACGCGCGGAUCCACGCACGGCUAAACUGGCUGCAACACGGGCGGUCGAAGCUGCGGAAGCAGAACAACCAGAAAAUCAUCAUUGCCGCGAACCGGCUACCCGUAACACUGAAGAAAAACCCGGAAACGAACAAGUGGACGGGCACGAAGUCGUCCGGCGGCCUGGUCACCGGGCUGGCCGCGGUGCGCGGGAUGGACAUGACGUGGAUCGGGUGGCCGGGCUGCGAGGUGCCAGAAGAAGACCGGAAAGAGGUGCUGCAGCUGCUGAAGUCCUUCAACUGCUACCCGGUUUGGCUGUCGCAGUCGCUGAUCAACAUGUAUUACAACGGUUUCGCGAACAACGUGAUCUGGCCUCUGUUCCACUACGUGAUGCCCCCACUGCCGACAAACAGCAUCGCCAACAACACCGAUGACAACCAGUCCGAGCAGUGGCAGGCCUACGAGUACGCUAACGAGAUGUUCACGAACGCCAUUUUCGACUGCUACCACGAGCAGUACAACAUGCAACUCCAGCAGGGCCAGCUGUUUUCCUCCAGCACUAAUGAGAGUACAACCAAUAACACGAAAGACAAUGCCGCGCUCAUCUGGGUGCAGGACUACCACCUGAUGCUGGUGCCGAAACUGGUGCGGAACCGCAUUCCCGACGCGCAGAUCGGCUGGUUCCUGCACACCCCGUUUCCGGCCUCCGAGUACUACCGGGCGCUGAAGGUGCGGGAGGAGCUGUUGCACGGAGUUUUGUCCGCGAACCUGGUCGCCUUCCACGUCUACGACUACAUCCGGCACUUCCUUUCCUCCGUGGUCCAGCUCACGUCGUUAGAAACCUCCCCGACCGGUGUGGACGCGACGCCCAUCGGCGGCUGCUUCGUCCGCUGCGCCACCAUUCCGAUCGGGAUCGAGCCCAGCGUGUUUUCGAACGCGUUGUUGCAGCCGGAUGUGCUGGAGCAGAUCCAGCUGCUGCAAGAACAGUUUGGCAACCGGAAAGUGAUCCUCGGCGUGGACCGAUUGGACUACAUGAAGGGCAUCCCGCACAAACUCCGCGCUUUCGACCGGUUUCUGCAGGACCACGAGGAGUGGCAGCAGGAGUGCGUGCUCGUGCAGGUGGCGGUCCCGAGCCGGCAGGACGUGCGGGAGUACCAAAAGCUGAAGAAGCUCGUGCACGAGAUGGUGGGCGAGAUCUGCGGCCGCCACUCUUCGCUCGCGUCCGGGCCCCCGGUCGUCUAUUUGGACAAAUCCAUCGACCCGCAGGAGCUGGCCGCCCUGUACCGGAUCGCGGACGUGUGUCUGAUCACCUCGGUGCGCGACGGGAUGAACCUGGUCAGUUACGAGUUCGUCGCGUGUCAAGAGGACAAGCACGGCGUUCUGAUCCUCUCCGAAUUCGCCGGCGCUAUCCAGUCGCUCGGGGCGGGCAGCAUCCGCGUGAACCCCUGGAACUUGUCCGAGACCGCGUCCGCCAUCAACCAGGCCCUGACGAUGAACGACGAGGAGAAGGCGGCGCGGCACGAGUACAUGUGGCGGACCAUCCACAAGUACACCGCGCAGAAGUGGGCGGAGACCUUUCUCCAAACGUUGAAGGAAGCGUCGUUAGAGUCGGAGGAAUUCACGGCACGAGUCCCGCCCCUCCUCCCCUACGAGGACUUCCUCGAGGAGUUGGCGAACUCGCGGAAGCGCCUCCUGCUGAUCGACCUGCUGGACUGUUUAGUGCCCAGCAAGCUGAAAAAGGACUUGCCAAUGAAGCUGUACCAGUCGCUGCUGAUCAUCCCGUCGCAGGUGCUGGAAGUUUUGCAGUCCCUCGCGUACGACGAAGACACGGUGAUCGUCAUCGUCUCCAUGCACCAGCAGCCCGUGAUGGAGCGGCUGUUCGGGCAUUUGAGCGGAAAAGUGAUUCUCGCCGCGGAGAACGGGUGCGUGUACCGCAAUCUGGACAACACGAGCAGCUCCAGCCACGUGACGACAAAUUGGAAAUCCUCCGUCGACGAGGACAUCACACAGAACAGCAACAUGGAGGAGUGGAUGGAGGGUUGCAUGGAGGUGUUCACGUACUUCAAGGAGCGCACCCCGGGGUCCUACACGGAGAAGGCGGAGUACAGCGUGCAGUGGUACUACGACAACACGCAGGCGGAUUUUGGCGCGCAGCAGGCCCGGGAGCUGUUGAUCUACCUGUGGGCGGGGCCGCUGAUGAAUUCGGAAGCGGAGGUGGUCCCCGGGACCAAGGCGGUGAUGGUGCGGCCGCACGGGACCAGCCGCGCGGCGAACAUCGUGUCCAUCCUGAAAAAGGAGCUGGGCAUGACCAAAUUGGAGGAAAUCGACUUCUGUGCCUGCUUCGCCGAGGUGCCGUUUCGGGACGACAGCGUCUUCGAGGCGAUAGAGGAAGUAUUAUUGAUGUCUGAGCAGCAGCAGCAGCAAAACGCGAAAAACGACUCCAAACAGGACAGCGCGCUGGCCACGGUAAAUGAGGAGGACCAUCACGGGAAUUAUGGCAGCAGCGGAGGACAAAAUAACGCUGAUGACGUAUCCUGAAUGAAAAAAGCGUAGUACCAACAUGGCAGUUUUGCUACAUGCAUCCAAGCAUUUUACCAUCCAGAUUUAAGCAUGACAAGUUCAUCUCAGAUGGCGUGAGAAUUAAGUUCUCUUCAUAAAGAUCGAUGCGCAUGACGAGACAUCACAUUCUGGUCAUGCACAUUUGCGUCACAAACACAAAGAUCAUGUGGGUACGACGUUCUUUAUACACAGGAUAUGCCGGGGGUAACAAUAACCAUGCGGAGGACCACCACGACGAUCACGGACACGACGAGGUAUCCUGAGAAAAAAGUGAUACGGUUACACACGACUCUGAUGGAAGACAAGCAAGACAGACAACCUCUGUCAUGCAGGAAAUGCUUGUCAGGGUCAGCCCCAUUUCAUUCGUGUUUUCCGUUAUAGUCUGCGCAUCACAGGUUUUCUUUGCCAUGUCGAGCAACUUUGUGAUGCAGAAACUCCAACAAAUGUGUGACUGAAACACUUUUUUCCUGUGAUACGAGGAAGGAAUGCAUCAGUACCAGCACCAGGUACAGGAUAUGGCUUGCUCAGAUGUUACAAUCUCAAACGUUACAAUAGAAUCUGGAAUUUGUGUUGCAUGAACAGCAUGAGUACCAUACAGAGACUUGGGCUUUUCGCAAUACAAAUUUCGUCAGAUUCUCAUGGGGUUUGGAGCUCCGAAACUUGUCAUGCGCGCUCCUUUGGGAGUAGGUCAGAUGUUGCGCAUUUUGCAACACAGAUUCCAGAUUCUAUUGUAACGUUUGAGAUUCUAACACCUGAGCGGGUUAUACAGGACAACCCGCUUUUAACCCAGGCGGUAAAAUCGCAUCUGGAGGAUAUGAUGACCUGCGAAGACUCGCCGCACUUGGAGGACGAGCAGAAGAUCAACAAGUUGCAAGAGGUGGUGGUUAUGGUGAACAACGAAAUGUGCUUCGACGUGAGCCAGCAGGAAGUCGAGGAGGCGCCGCCGCCGCCCUACGAAGACGAAUCCACUGCGAACGCGGGCGGGGACAACAAAAACGGUACCGCGACAACAGGAGCGAGUGAGCAAGUGUCGGUAGUACCCUCUACGGUACCACAGGCAAAUGUGGUUUUGGUUCCAAAGGACGACAAUAACACGAUUGCCUGCAUCAUCCCACCAAAGUACGAUUUCGAGUACGUCGCGCGGUAUGAUCUGCUUCCCAGCAGCAACAGCAACACCGGUGAGCAAACCGCUGAUGGUGUUUCAAGUAGUAAAAGCGGAAGAAAUUAUGCCGCGGACGGGGCGGGCAGAAGUGUCGGAGAUGGUGCAAGAACAGACACGGUAGUUUGUGAUCAAGAUGGCACGACACGAAGAGACUUUGUGGAAAAUAAGCAAAGAAGCCCCAAGCAAAAUAACCCGCAAAAUGACGACAAUGCCGACGUUUCCUCCGUCGCGACGCCAGAUUACCCGCACGACGACCAGGAGCUCUGGCCGCAUCCAGACGCGUUCGAAGCGCCGCCGUCCUACGAGGAAGUGGUGGGACCACUCGGGUCAAAGUUGACGAAGAGGCAGUUACUUCGCUAUCCGGACGCAAAGGAGCAGAUGCCGCUACUUCGGCACCUCCCUCACUCGGGGAGUACUGGUGUUGUGGCCGACUACCUGCACACCAGCCCCCGACUCCCCGCACAACAGAUAAUGGGGAACGAGAACAAUCUGAUGGCUGUUGACGGCGCAGGAACAAACUCAGGACUUCUACAGGGGGAGAAUUUGAUGUAUGCGGCGCAGCACAUACAGAUCGCCAGUCCGGACAAGGAGUUCGAUGGCGCUUCACAUGCAACUGCUGCAGAUCCUCCUCCAAGUACUAUGUCCACGAACAACGAAAAGGACCACCCGCACAGCAAUACCGAUAACAACAACAGCCAGCAAGUCUCCUACUUCAGUGUGUCACUUGGCAAGCAGCCCAGUCGUGCGCGCUACAGCCUGCCGAACCCCUACCACGUGCAAAACCUGCUGCAAAGCAUUGUGGAGCGGCUGAAAAUUCAAAAACUAGAAUCUUCGGCGGGAAACAACCUCGAGGACAGCGGCGUCGCGCAGCGGUUCUUCGAAAAGCAGCAGGCGGGAGAGAAGCAACGGUCACGCGCAGUUUUGGUUGGCCCCGAGGGAGAACCGGGAGCAAAUCUGUUUCGGUGAAGGCCUUCUUGAAGUUGAACGCAAUGGACUCAAACACAGACAGAGACACUCAAAUAUCAGUACUGGACAAGACCACCGGGAAUACAGAAAUGUGUGAAUAGGCAAAAAUCAGAAACAAAAUGUUCUUAUUUUGAGUGGUCACGAACAAAUCAAUCUGGAAAUGCCCCACAUGGCAAUGAGAACAAAACUCAAAGAAAUGAGAUUAAUCGUGCUG